CGGGCGGCCCCCUCGGAGCGCCGUCGCCUCACUCGCGGGGCGUGGAGGCUCGGACCAACGGUGGCGCAUCCGUCCCAGCAGCCGAGGCGGGGCUGGACGCAGCGGAGGGGUGACCCCGGGAGGCGGUAGGGAGGAGAACCCCCAGGCCACGGCGAGGACGAGCUCCAGGGGCAUCGCGUGUGGUGCGCGGCGCUGUGCAGUUCCCCCGGGUGCUGUGCCGGGUUCGGUGGUUUUUAGGACAACUCCUACUGAUUUUUUUGGGGGUGUUUCUUGAACCUCUUUCUGGGCUCCUGCGGCAGCCUCGGGGUUUUGUGAAGCAUCGUGUUUUUUCACGAUCUCCCUCCCGUCGCAACGAAAGUCUUUGAGCCUCUCUACAUAUAUAUUUUUUCACACUCUGCUCCAAGCCCCGUUUUGGGCAGCAUCCGCCAGCCGGAAAGCUUUGGGGAGGGAACCAGCAACAGUGAUCAGUCCCCUCACGAUGUGGACCUUUCUGGGUAUCGCUUCCUUCAUCUAUGUAUAUAAAAAGUGUGGAGACCUCAUGACCUACGCCAAUAAGGAGGUGCUGCUCUCCGUGUUAGUGUUUUUCUCCCUCGGCUUGCUGCUGUCGUACAGGUACCGUUUCAGGGGACCCAAGCAGCAGCAGCAGCAGCAGCGGAAGACUCACUUGGGGAUGCUCUCCGAUAUUCUCUCGGCUUUGCCGCUUGUUGGUUUCUUCUGGGCCAAACCCACCCCUGCAUCUCAACAAGCUGAACAACCCAAAGCCAGAAAGGGUAAAAGAGAAGUAAAAUUUUCGGAGGUCUGUAUGACAGAGACUGUGCCAAAUGCUACAUUAUCACCCCAGUAUGAUCCAGAAAUUAUCAUUGUGGGAUCAGGCGUCCUUGGUUCUUCCUUGGCCGCCGUGCUCUCAAGAGAUGGAAGAAGAGUGACUGUGAUAGAGAGAGACCUGAAAGAACCUGACAGGAUCGUUGGAGAAUUGUUGCAGCCUGGAGGUUUUAAGGCACUUAAAGACCUGGGUCUUGAAGAUACCAUAGAAGGUAUAGAUUCACAAAUAGUAAAUGGCUACAUAGUUCAUGACAGAGAGAGCAACUUGGAAGUUGAAAUUCCUUAUCCCACAUCUGAGGAUGGCCUCGUGGCGAGUGGAAGAUCUUUUCAUCAUGGACAGUUCAUCAUGGGUCUCCGAAGGGCAGCUAUGGCAGAGUCCAAUGCAAAAUUCAUUGAGGGGACUGUGCUGCAACUGCUUGAGGAAGAUGACUGUGUUGUGGGUGUCCAGUACAAGGACAAAGAAACUGGAGACACUAAGGAACUUCAUGCACCACUUACUGUGGUAGCUGAUGGGCUUUUCUCCAAGUUCAGAAAAAACCUGGUCUCCAACAAAGUUACAGUUUCAUCCCAUUUUGUUGGUUGCAUUUUGAAGGAUGCACCACAGUUCAAAGCUAAUUAUGCUGAACUUGUUUUAGCUAAAACUAGCCCAGUACUAAUCUAUCAGAUUUCUUCAACUGAGACUCGGGUCCUCGUAGAUAUUCGAGGGGAAAUGCCAAAAAAUUUAAAAGAAUACCUGAUUACAAAUAUUCAUCCACAAUUACCUGAUCACUUGAAGGAGCAGUUCUUAAUAGCGGUUCAGAAUGAUCGUCUAAGAACUAUGCCAGCCAGCUUCUUGCCUCCUUCAGCUGUGAACAAAAAAGGUGUUCUCCUAUUAGGAGAUGCAUAUAAUAUAAGACACCCUCUGACUGGUGGAGGAAUGAGUGUUAUUUUAAAUGACAUUAAAAUAUGGAGAAGUUUACUCCAGGAUAUCCCAGACCUUUAUGAAGAUUCUGACAUUCUUAAGGCAAAAAGAACAUUUUACUGGUCAAGAAAAAAAUCUCAUUCUUUCGUAGUGAAUGUUCUUGCCCAGGCACUUUAUGAACUCUUUGCUGCCACAGAUGAUUCCUUGCAUCAGCUGAAGAAAGCUUGUUUCCAUUACUUCAGACUUGGUGGAGAAUGUGUCUCAGGUCCUGUUGGAUUGCUGUCUGUGUUAUCUCCCAAACCAAUGGUACUGAUUGGUCACUUCUUUGCUGUGGCAUUAUAUGCUGUUUAUUUCUGCUUUAAGUCAGAGUCCUGGAUCACCAUGCCUCGAGCGUUUUUCAGUAGCGGAGCUAUUCUUUACCGGAGCUGUUCCAUAAUAUUUCCACUUAUUUACUCUGAAAUGAAGCAUUUAGUCUAUUAAAAUCCAGGGGAAAUGACUGGAGGAAGAAAAUCAUGAUGCCUUCGAAAUCUUUUGGACAUGUGCUAUUUAAUAUUGUAUUAUGUUUUAUUUUCUUCAGAAUGCAAUUUCCUUGAUGAGGAUUUGACUUAAUUUGGGGUUUGUGGUUAUAUACAUAUAUAUUAUAUGUAAAUAGUAUCUUCUUUGUAAGUAAAGUUCAGAAAGGAGUUAGCUGUUUACAAAGACCAUUAUUAAGUGUCGACAUGUGGUAGACAAUUGCCAGCCUUGUCAGAAUUUCAUUCCUUGCUUCAUCCAUUGCUGAGUGCACCACUAACAUUAAUAAACUGAAAAGUGAAAACUGUAAACCACAUGCUGCUAUUAUCCUUCAUGCUUUUUUGUCCCAUUCAGUAGUUCCAUAGACUGUUUCUUCAUUACUGUGAAAGACUGUAACAUUCUUGAUUUGGCUUAUUUCAUUUAGGAUUUGCCACCGUUCUUUUUCAGUUACAGCUAAGAUACUAGUCUACAGGCACUUAAAAGGACACUCUAAAGGAUUUCAGAUCUUGAAGUAGCACCAUAUCUUUAACUUCACUGUUGUAAGUGCCAUGUUGCUCUUCUGAGAUCAUUCUUUACAGUAGAAUUCAUUUAAAUGAGUACAAAUCAAACCAUAGUUUUGUUGGCUACCGCAUAGCACUCAGGUACUGGAAGCAGAGGUGUUUGAAACUUUCUUCCUAGCUCACUCCCUUUUAAAAUCUUUGGGGGUUUGUUCAGGUUUACUUGGUGUGUGUGCAAUUGAAGCCAUAGCACUGCCAUGAACUGAAGCACAGCAACAAACCACGCUCACUGAAACAAAUUUGCUCCGGGCUGUCUCCAGCAGACAGUGUAAUCUUUACUGUUACUACUUCUGACUCGUGGCAAGUACCACAAAAGUGUCCUUUUAAUACUUGGGAUGUGGGGUUUUUUUGCCCUGUAGAAGUCACUCUUAGUCACUGUUUCCCUCCACGUUCCCUUUAUCACUAUGCUUUCCUUUCAUCUCGUGUAUUUUCAUUUUUCCAUACCCUUCUUACGAUCGCUUUGUGUAUCGCUGUGUGGCUCCUCUCCUGGCUUGCCUGACCAGCCCCACGUUGGAGCAGCCAGCAGUUUAGAGAGCAGGAACAGACUGAGUCUUAUUUUUGGUUUUUUAAUUUGUUUUUUCCUGUACUGGCACAACUUUGACUACAUCUUGAAAAUGACAGAUCGCAUAAGCUGUAUAUAAACAUCCAUUGAAUGUUUGACUGUGAAAACAAAAUUCUGUGGAGAGGUUUUUUUUUCAGUCUUCAUUUGACAGCUAUUUCAAAUGACCUGUUCUGUUCCAGAAGCAAAAGUAUUUUGUCUAUUUUUCUAACCAUGACCACUUUUGAUACCCUCUGGCAAUUACAUGCAUCUGGAGUAUGUCUGUGGUUAAACUUCAGGGUAAAGCACUAGUAUUUUCAAAUAUCAUUAUGUAUGGCAACCAAACUGUGCCCCUUUGAGGGUAUGCAAAGUUUGCAGAAGUGAUAAAAGUGUAUCCAAAGUUUGUGACAAUUGUGACAAUGGGGAUUGCUCUUACCUUUUCUAUUUAUAUACUUUUUUUUAGUAGUAUUUACAGUCAGUCUCUUUUUAAGUCAAGGAUAAAUAGUCCUGAGCCAAAUACACAU